AUGCAGCAGGCCAGGGCGAAUGAAGUGAACACCUUACGCGGUGUCAUCAAUGCCGAUGCCUUUCGAGAGGCACAGAUGCUCCUCUCUGCCCGUAGGUACCUGCCGCUGAACUUUGCAACGUGGCCAGAAUACCAGGCACUUCUAUCUGCGGUAAAUCCCGCCGUUCAAGAGCUCCUGGUCGACUCUGGAAACACCGUGGCAGCGGACUUGGAUCGGGCCUACGACGCGCAUCAGGAAUCUGUAAAGAAAUGGCUGGAUAUGUCCCGGAGCCUCGUACACAUUGCCAUGGAUGUAUGGUCUUCUCCUCAGCGCAAGGCGUAUAUCGCUGUACACGCACAAUGGGUUGACGAGGGAUACAACCUUCGCAAAGCAUUGUUAGGACUCCCAAACCUCCGCCACUCUCACGCUGGCGCGGCUAUGACACCGCACCUGAUGAAGAUUAUCGGAAAUUACAACCUGGCGCACCGAACGGCUACCAGUGCUUACAAGGGCCUGUUUCGCAAGGUUGUCCCUCCUUGUCAUCUGAAGCAGCAGUCCCGUCAGGCCGAGGUUCGUAGCGAUGAGCUAGAUGACUGGCUGGCUGACGCGCUCAAAGUGCUAGGGGUUAUCGUCAUUCACAUGGUGUUUUGUGGCGUAUACACAAUAGAAAGAAGCCUCCUACCACAAGGAUAUGGAACCCGCCAAGGACUCCUCGUUUCUAUGCAGAAGUGCCUCGCGGAGACGGUCGUCGAUCCAGGACAGCUGGCACAGUUCAAGCAUGCUUUUCUCGCUGAUGAUCAGGUGCUGAAUAUCCUUCAGCUUCUUCUGGAGCUGGGCCUUGUCGACGGCGGAGAGCGGCCUGAAGCCCUUGUUGAUCGGGAGGUGCAGCAGCGAGUGCAAUAUGGUGCCUGA